AUGGAUAUUCAUGUUCUUCAAAGCCAGCCCGCCCAGAAGGUCGCGUUUAAAGACUCUUCCACGGUUCGUGUGGGUAAUAAACUUGUUCGCAAUAAGCCACCCACCCAGCCCUCUGCUAUGCGACCCAAGCGUAAUUCAAACGCUGUAAAAAGUAAUGUACAGACUGCAAGUGAAGCGGGAGUUGUUGUUCCACCCGCCCUACCCACGAGUUGUCAUUUGGUCCGCGGCGGGUUCCAGCCGCGCCUUCCGACUUCGCUGCCGCCCCCAGGGCAGCAGCAGCAGCCGUCGCCGCUACCACGCCGACAGCCUGUCCCGUUGAUGCCUCCCGCGCAGCUUCAUCCGGGAGCGCCCCAGGUGGUCGCUCCGGCGCCUGCGGUCCCUCUUCAGUCGCCACCGCCUUCGGAGCUGAUGCACGUCGACCCCUCAGCCGGGCCGCCUUCCCAAGCGGUGGCUGUGCAGCCUGUCCUGCAGCCGCUUUCCUUGGGCACCCCCAAGGAGUCUGACACCGCAGCGCCUUGUCCGGCGCCCACUCAGCAGCCGUCGACGCAGCGUCAGGAGACGCUGCCUCUCUUCGUGGGUCCCGACGCCCCGUCGCGUCCAGUACCAGAAGCUGCGCCCGUGGUCACAGGCCGGCCGCGAGGCCGGCAACUGGUGCAACCCCCUACCAAGCGUCAGCGGCUGCGCGUGUCUGUCGAUUUCGACGGAGGCCGCGAGAUCGGUAUCUGA